ACAAGUCGAAUAACUCGUGUCGAGAGAGUCAGACACAAAACAAAGUUGCUGCUGCCCUUCGAUUGAAAUACCCAGUUCAAUCCCUUUUUUGCGCUAAGAAAACCGGGAAUCUUUUCGUGAGUCGCACGAGGUUGAUUCUUUCUUAGUUGCGUCCCGGUCAACAAGUUAAGCAGCCGCAAGCUCGUCUCGCUGUCCGGCUCGAGUGCUCUUUCAAUUUGACAAAACAAACGAGGACAAGAAUUGACUAAUUAAUUCCCGCAAAAAAACAGGACGAUUCACGCCUUGAAAUCGAAAUCACGGUCGACUAAAUUGCGCCUUUCAAACGCGCUCUCUCUCUGUGUGUGUGUGUGUGUGCGUGUUUUUAUUUUCUGCUCGUUUGAAAACCUCUCUGCUGAAUCGUCUAAAGUGUCCUUCGCCUUGGCUCGUUCGUGCGUGCAAAAGCACUCCCGCUGUUUUUAAACGGCUCUUUGGUGUUGGCAAUAUUUGCCUGCGAGGCCUUCAUCGCAGACAGAGAAAAAGAGAGAGGCCAUGGCGGAAUAAAUAAAACCGUGAGUUCAAAUGGACAACCGGCUUCCCGAUUUCGCCGACUCUCUAUUUUCGUUUUAAAACUAUAGAUACUAUAUUGAGAUACUGUACAAUAUCCUCGACGUUUCGUGAGUGACUGAAAGUGACGCGUUUUCUUCGAAAAAAUAAGAAGAGAAUAUCGUAAAAAAACCAUUGCCAUAUCUCUUUUUAUUGCCUUUUUCCUCGGCAAUCUGCUACGGCCAUCAGCGCACACGACGCGCUAUACAGUAAGAACAGAAAGAAAGAAAAAGAGGAAAUCAAAAAGAAAACGGGAAUGGAUCACGAAAAAGAUGGUGGCGUGCCCUUGCUCGGACAUUUCGGUCGCAGCUUAUCAAACUUGUUCACGCGCUGUGCCACUCCCGGUCAAGUGAUUGUUCUUUCCAUCGAUGACAUCACUAACGGACUCGGAGACGAAGUUGAAUAUCUCCUGGAUGGCAACAAAAGAGGAGGCCCCGUCGCCAUGCUGAAAUGGGCAAAGGGCUCGAAAAACGGCGGCCAAAGCAGUUCAACAGGCCAUCAUUCGGCUACGUCGGCAGCCCGUGUUAGUCUGGCCGAUUUGCGACGCGCAUCCGCCAAGCUCCUCCGACGCAAAGAUUCCAGCUCUACGAACAAAUCGAAGAACAGUCCGACGAGUGCGACUAGCGAUUCUUGCGCUCACCACAUCAAAACGGGGACGACAGCAUCUUCAGACGGGGGUGGCUCACCGCCACCUCCUUUGGUGCCUCCGCGCGGUUCCAGCGCCGCUUCGUGUCACGGUCUUCCCACUUACGGCCAUUCCAGCGGAUCUGUGAUUAGUGGAACAGCUACGCCGGGGUCGGUUAGGUCUUCCAGUCAGAAGGGCGGCGUGAUUAAACAGGCCACCGUCAGGAGAAUGUCGACAUUGCGACAAGCGCGUUCCGUUUCUCCUAUCAAGGACAGAGGCCAACAUAAGCGACCUGAUUCUUCAUCUUCGUCGUGUACGACAAACUCCUCGUGUUCGCCAUCGACAGCGAAUCGACGGGCGAGAAGGAAACCGGUUGCUAUCGAGACGGCCGAUAAUGGCAGCAGUCUCUACAUGCAAUUGGAUAAGAUCCCAGUUGCUGUUCAGCAAACGGCUGGCUCUUCUUCGCUGUCCGGCUCGGCCUACAUGUCGGCUGCUGCGGCCAAUCUGAAGCGGAAAGCGCUGGAAGACAUCAGUAAUCAGGCGUACAGGAAUAUUAUCCAUAGUCUCCAAGACGAACUGGCUCAAAUGUCAGACGCUGAAGCCGAGGCAGCACGAUCCGCUUCUGCGGACGAAACGCGGACGUUGGCGGAAGCGACGCUCCUUCCCAUGAACCGAAUGGAAAUCAUUCGCAGUUCGGCCAUGCGCCAUCAUUCCAAAAAGGAUAGUAUCGCAAUUGAUCAAGUCACCAAAAAUGGCGCGGCUUCUCCUUGCCCGUCAGUCAAACACCCUCAGCAACAGGCAGUGCCUUUAAAGAAACUGGACGGUGUAGUGGCCUCGUUUACUAAUCAGCCACCCGCAUCCAAUGAUUUACACCGACCUCGGCCAGUUCGCCAUCCACCAUCGCCCACCGUCAACGUAUCGGACGAUAACUUGAUGGAUCUUUCCAGCUUGGCUUUGGCCUGCAGCCGGAACGGUCUGCCAUCAACACCGACGCCGUCCGGAUCGGCCUGUCAUCCGUUCAAUGGAACGUCGUCACCUCUCAAGAAAUCAGCAGCGUGCGGGCCGCACAAUUCCAGCGGCCAGCAUCUACACCAAUAUGGCGCAAGUCGUUCGCUUGCCAGUCACGGACUGUCCGUUAGCAACGCCACUCGAUGCCAAGAGUCUUCCAUUCAGAACAAGAAAAACCGGCCAAACAAGCAAGUGACAUUUCAGACCGAAGCGAGACUAAUUGGCGAAUCAAUCACUCUGCCCGUCGUCUUUGAAUCGAACCGCGAAAAUGGCCAAACAGACGGGAUGAAAUCUGGCCGGGGAAGCGGGUCGUUGGAGAUGCCGGGCUUCGUCAACGUGCCGUGCAGUCGGCGAGGCUUUUGCCUGGAAUUGGUUUCGGCCAACGAUUUGCCGGAAGUCGGUAAAUUGAAUGAAUCUUGUAGUUCUAACAGCGACCAGCCGACGACGGACGAAGUGGAUCACGUGAAGCGCGUCGUAUCCCCAGACGGCGGUUACGAUUGGCAACCGUCUUACGUGAAUUUAGAGGACACGGAAAUAGCUCCCGUCCUGUUGGCUUCGUCGCGAUCAGCCGAUGAUUCCAGUGAUUUUUGGAAGCCCAGAUCCGUUGCUUCCGGUGGGCGACAACAGCAGAAACAGCAACUGGCCGAACAGCUCCAGCCGGUCUACGACGCACCAAACAACAACAACAGCAAAUCCAUCGACGUGGAUAAUCCACUGCUGUUGGAAUUCCCUGGUUUCCGUUACGCCAUGAUGCAACUACCUGGCAAUAACGCGCUGAUGGAGCGUCGUUCCAUUUCCAACGGUAGUUCCGGCAGCGAUACUCAGGAUUCCGGUGUGGCGGAAAUGGCCCAGGCUCUGUCACUGAGUCGGGCGGCCAGUGCUAGUCCUCAGUUGGCAGCUAGUAGACAAAGUUUGGCCGAGGAUAUGUUAUUACCUGUCCAGCCUUUUGUGUACAACACGUUGCCACGGACGGAUAACAAGCGCAGUCUUUACUAUAAUUGCUGGUCGAACCAGUCACAAUUGCAGCAACAGCAAUCAAGCAACAGGACCCAACAGCAAUCGAUGCCACUGCCAUCUUGUCCUUCCAGCGUGUACUCGACGACAGAUCCGCACUUCCUCUCCGGUUUGGCUUCUCCUUACUUCAGCCGGAGAAUGCCGGAAGACAAAAGCAAAGCGUCUUCGUCUUCAUCUUCGACGCUGAUGGCUAACAUAGAUCAGCAGGAUUCAUCGUGGUCUUCCGAUCAUUUGUAUUGUAAUAUGGCGUCUGUGGAUCCGUUGCCAUCGCUUCCGCCACGCAUCUCUCGUCGAUGCCAUUCGCUUCUUGCGCUGGCGUCGACCAAAACGACCGCAGCGGAAGGAGCAGCCGAGGAUGCUGACUACGAAAAUCUUAACAUGCCAUCGCAGCCUGGACAGCCGAUCAUGGCGUUCAAAGCCAGGCUGAACGUAUCGCACAGCCGAAGCCGCAGUCUACGACAUUCCGGUGAUUUUACCAGCCCUUUCGGCUGGAUCAUUCCACCGUUUCAGCAGCAACAGAACUCUCAAACUAAAGAACAAGGGAAAAGAAGGGAAUCGAUAGAAGAGAACUGCAUAGACGAAAUGGAUGGAAGAAUGAAAGACGAUCAAAAAGGAAUGCGUAAAUCAGCCCAUUCUCGGCCCGUCUCUUCACGCAGACAACAAUUGUUGCACGAAAGGGCUCAUCGUUUGGAAUUGAUGCUGAACGACGCCUCGGUCAAUGAUUGUUCGGAGCUGUACGAACCAUCUGAUUGGUCUAUGGAAGCCAUGCUCUCCGACACCGUACGUGAUAUGGAUAACCUCUCCUUUAUGGACGGCCCAACCGGCCAACAACCGGGCAGCAGCAACCACUGCCAGCAUUGUUGCUGCAGUUCCGUCCGACGGCCACUUCCGCCUCCCAUGAAUAGAUGUCACUGUCAAACGGACCAUCCAGGCCAUUCUCCUUCUUCUUCGUCGAGCGUGUCAUCCGCCGCAUCUUGCCAUUGCAACCGGAAGAAGAAAUCCGUCGGAGCGCAUAAACGGGAAGCGUCUCGAGUACGCGAAAACGCUGCCACUCAGACGGAAUUACAAACCAACGGAAUGACCUCAGGAUCGAGGCUGGCCGGCAGGGCGACAGCAGCCGAGAAUCCUCUUUAUAUGGCUUAUAGCGAUUUGACUAAAAUCAAUUGCGACGUCCUCGAUCGUUCCGCUAAAACAGCCGGAACUGUUGCCGGUCAAGGGCAAUCGGUCGGUGAUGACUACGCGUCCGAUAGCUGUGAAACUUGGAACUCACACAAGGCUCUUUAUGCACGACUACAAGCGGCCAAACAGAGCCGUGAAGUGACUACGCUGAUGGAGACGACGCCGGUGAAGAAACGAAGCAAGGGACUCCGUGUCCAUGGCAACAAGCCCUUGUCGACACCCUCUGGUAGCCGGAUAUGGCGUCACGACGGACAGAGCGUCUCGACGCCGCAGAAGAAUCGUAAAAGUGGCAGCAGGGGGCGUCACAAUCGUCGACGCGGAUGCUCCACUGCCAAUACGACGGCUAAUUCCACCAGCAAAAUGGACAGGACGGCCAUGAGUGUUCGAAGCACAUACAGCUCGAAAAGCUCUAAUACCUUACGACGUCGCAAGAGCUCACGAAAACCUAAAGCUGCCGACGUUUUGCACGGCAAAGGACAAUUACAAUUGGCGAUUUACCUCAAUUCCGGUCUAUUGACAAUUCACAUUCAAUCAGCUCGAUACCUGAAGAAUCCCAAUAGCGGUCGAGCGUGCAAUUCAUACGUCAAGGUGUCACUGAUCCCCGACAGUCCAGAGCAAACGUUUUGCCGGACGACACUCGUCAAGAACGACAACAAUCCUUGGUACGACCAGAAGUUCUCGUUCGAAUUCCUUUCGGCUGACCUUUACAAGAGGCUCUUCAUCUCCGUCUGGGACCGGGAUCCGAAAAAAAAGUAA